AUGACCGUGACGCUCCCCAGCUCCUCCCCUCUGCGAAGCAAUAUGGACUCGGCAAACCGUGGCCUGCCCCCGCGGUCGAGUCGCAAAAGGUCCCGCACUAAUGGUGAUGCCUCUUCUUCUGUAGCAGCUUCCAGUCCCAUGCCCUCGUCACCGCCCGCCUUCAACAUCUCCCAUGGGGGCGACGAUGAUGAGGACGAUGACAUUGAGGAGGAGCCCGAGAUCCAGGAUGACCUUGAAGAUCUCGACGAAAUGGCUGAAGACGAUGUCGACCUUUUUCGCGACGGCUACGAACGGGACUAUCAGGAUAAAGGGGAGAACGAUGCCUACGAAGGAAUCGGCAUUGAUGACGAGGGAGAAUACGGCGACCUUGACCUCGGUGAACGGCGACGGCUCGAGGCCCAACUAAGCCGUAGAGACCGCGAGGUAGCUCGCAGGCGGGCACCGGCUGCCUUCUUGCCGAGCGACGAUGGCGACUAUGGCGGCGAUUUUGACCCAACUACCCAACCCCGCCGUCGACGCCACGGGUACGAUGAGGAUCCCGACGACAUGAUGGACCAAGAUAUCAUGGCUGAAGAGCUUUCACUCGAGGCUUUGCAAGAUGUGAAAGCUUCAAGUUUGACUGACUGGGUAUCCCAACCCGCCGUCCAACGCACUAUAAAGCGAGAAUUCAAGGCCUUCCUUACAGAAUACACCGACGAAAGCGGCUCAUCGGUCUACGGUAGUCGCAUUCGGACUCUUGGUGAGGUGAAUGCUGAAACUCUCGAAGUCUCAUACGAUCACUUGUCCUCGUCCAAGGCUAUCCUCGCCUAUUUCCUGGCGAAUGCGCCACAGGAGAUGCUCGUACUUUUCGACCAGGUUGCUAUGGAUGUAGUCUUACUCCAUUACCCCGAUUAUGAGCGUAUUCACUCUGAUAUUCACGUGCGAAUUUUCGAUUUGCCCGUGCAUUACACCCUGCGUCAACUAAGACAGUCGCACCUCAACUGCCUUGUCAGAGUGAGCGGAGUUGUCACCCGGCGCACGGGUGUAUUUCCCCAGUUGAUCUAUGUCAAGUUUGACUGCACCAAGUGUGGCGUGACAUUAGGACCUUUCCAACAAGAGUCUAACGUCGAGGUCAAGAUCAAAUAUUGUCAGAAUUGCCAAUCUCGUGGACCCUUUACAGUCAAUUCGGAAAAGACUAUUUAUCGAAAUUAUCAAAAACUCACACUUCAGGAAUCACCUGGGACGGUCCCAGCCGGGCGUCUCCCUCGGACUCGAGAAGUCAUCCUACUUUGGGAUCUGAUCGAUAGAGCUAAGCCAGGCGAGGAAAUUGAAAUCACCGGCAUCUAUAGAAAUAACUAUGAUGCUCAGCUAAACAAUCGCAACGGGUUUCCCGUUUUCGCCACCAUCCUCGAAGCAAACAACAUCGUCAAAGCCCAUGACCAGCUCGCUGGGUUCAGGCUAACUGAUGAAGAUGAACAGGAAAUCCGCAAACUUUCUCGCGAUCCUCAGAUCAUCGACAAGGUUGUCAACUCGAUAGCCCCCAGUAUCUAUGGGCACAAUGAUAUCAAAACGGCUGUUGCUUUAUCCCUCUUUGGUGGAGUCGCAAAGACUGCUAAAGGCUCGCAUCACGUUCGUGGAGACAUCAAUGUCUUACUUCUCGGUGAUCCAGGGACAGCUAAAUCUCAGGUUCUCAAAUAUGUCGAGAAAACGGCACAUCGUGCUGUGUUUGCCACUGGUCAAGGCGCCUCUGCUGUCGGUCUCACUGCUAGUGUUCGUCGAGACCCCCUGACUAGCGAAUGGACCUUAGAAGGCGGCGCGUUGGUGCUAGCAGACAAAGGCACUUGCCUUAUAGAUGAGUUUGACAAAAUGAACGAUCAGGACCGGACGUCAAUUCACGAGGCCAUGGAGCAGCAGACAAUAUCUAUUUCCAAAGCUGGCAUUGUGACUACACUACAGGCUCGUUGUGGUAUAAUUGCGGCUGCGAAUCCCAUCGGCGGCCGCUACAACUCUACAAUACCAUUUUCGGCAAAUGUUGAACUGACAGAGCCUAUCUUAUCACGUUUCGAUAUCCUCUGUGUUGUGCGGGAUACCGUCGAUCCUAGUGAAGAUGAACGACUGGCUCGCUUUAUCGUGGGCUCCCAUAGCCGUAGCCAUCCAUCUACGCUCGGAGCCGGUGAGACUCAAGAAAUGGACCAGGAUCAGGAGACAGCCGAAGAAAGACGGACAGCCCCUAAGGAAGGAGAAAUCUCACAGGAACUUCUCAGGAAAUACAUUCUGUACGCACGCGAACACUGUCAGCCCAAGUUGCUUCACAUGGACGAGGAUAAGGUUGCGCGGCUGUUCGCGGAUAUGCGUCGAGAGUCACUUGCCACGGGGGCUUACCCGAUUACAGUUCGUCAUUUGGAAGCCAUAAUCCGCAUAUCGGAGGCAUUUUGCCGAAUGCGGCUUUCGGAGUAUUGCUCAGCUCAGGAUAUAGACCGCGCCAUCGCCGUCACCGUCGACAGUUUUGUUGGCAGCCAGAAGGUCAGCUGCAAGAAGGCCCUCGCUCGUGCCUUCGCCAAGUAUACACUAGCUCGGCCCGGUGGGAGUACAUCAAGAAGAGGUGGCACUUCGCAGUCUCAGCGAAGGACUACUUCUGUAGCGGCGUAA